CAGGUUCCCGGACCCAUGGGUUGUGAACCUGUGCUCCCCCAGCCUACCGGUGACAGCAGGAACAGAAUUACAACAGUGGGAUGGAUGAGCGCCAUAUUGCGCCUGGCUAAACAGAGGAAGGGGAAAUCUGCGAUUGUGAGCUUCGGAGCAAUUAUCUCAUAUCCAAACCUCAUCAGCUCCAGGAAAUCUUCCAGAAGGCACACAGAGCAUUGGUCUCCUCUUUGGAAACUUUUUUUUAUUGAACAGCUCCUCGCACAGAGCAAGGAAAAGGACAGGACAAUGCCCAAAGCGGUCAAUGUUCGCGUCACCACCAUGGACGCUGAGCUGGAGUUUGCCAUCCAGCCCAGCACCACUGGCAAGCAGCUGUUUGACCAGGUGGUGAAAACCAUUGGCUUACGUGAGGUCUGGUACUUCGGACUUCAGUAUAUGGAUGGCAAAGGUUACUACACUUGGCUAAAACUGGACAAAAAGGUGUCGUCCCAGGAUGUGAAGAAGGAAAACCCGCUGCAGUUCAGGUUUCGGGCCAAGUUCUUCCCGGAGGAUGUCUCUGAGGAGCUGAUCCAGGACAUCACCCAGAAGCUUUUCUUUCUGCAGGUGAAGGAGGGCAUCCUGAGCGACGAGGUUUACUGUCCACCCGAGACAGCCGUGCUGCUUGCCUCCUACUCUGUUCAGGCCAAGUUUGGAGACUACAACAAAGAAGUCCACCAGCCUGGAUACCUGCUGUCUGAACGCCUACUGCCAAACAGAGUUAUGGAGCAGCACAAGUUAUCCAGAGAGCAGUGGGAGGAGAGGAUUCAGGUGUGGCAUGAGGAGCACCGUGGAAUGUUAAAGGAGGAUGCUAUGCUGGAGUACCUGAAGAUCGCCCAGGACCUGGAAAUGUACGGAGUCAACUACUUUGACAUCAAGAACAAGAAGGGAACAGAGCUGUGGCUGGGAGUGGACGCCCUGGGACUCAACAUUUAUGAGAAGGAUGACAAAUUGACCCCAAAGAUUGGCUUUCCCUGGAGUGAGAUCAGAAACAUUUCCUUCAACGAUAAGAAAUUCAUCAUCAAGCCCAUUGACAAAAAAUCUCCGGACUUUGUGUUUUAUGCACCGAGGCUGCGCAUAAACAAGCGCAUCCUGCAGCUGUGCAUGGGCAACCACGAGCUGUACAUGCGUCGCCGCAAGCCAGACACGAUCGAGGUGCAGCAGAUGAAGGCCCAGGCACGAGAGGAGAAGCAACAGAAACAGAUGGAGAAGGCCCAGCUGGAGAACGAGAAGAAGAAGAGAGAGGCCAUCGAGAAAGAGAAGGAGCAGAUGGAGCAAGAGAAGCAGGAUCUGAUGAUGAGGCUCUACCAGUUUGAGGAGAAGACCAAGAAGGCAGAGAGAGAUCUGCAGGACCAGCAGAAGAGAGCCAUGGUGCUGGAGCAGGAGCGGAGGAGAGCCGAGGAGGAGGCAGCUCGUCUUGAGGCUGAGCGCCAGGCUGCCUUACUGGCUAAAGAGGAGCUUGCCCGCCAUGCUGAGGACCAGAAGAAGAGUCAGGAGCAGCUGGCUGCAGAGCUGGCAGAGCACACAGCCAAGAUCAGCCUGCUGGAGGAGGCUAAGAAACGCAAGGAGGAGGAGGCCGACACAUGGCAGCUCAGGGCUCAGGAGGCCCAGGAGGAUCUGAUAAAGACCAAGGAGGAGCUGCGCGUGAUGACGGCGCCCCCGCCGCCUCCACCUCCUCCCAUGUACGAGCCCAUGGAUGAAAACAGCGACAGCGAGGAGAACGCCAGCGAAGAGAACAACAGCACACACAGCGCCGACCUGCAGAGUGAAGGCAUCAACGACCACCGCCACGAGGAGGAUCGCCUGACUGAGGCUGAGAAGAACGAGCGCGUCCAGAAACAGCUGAAGGCCCUGACCUCAGAGCUGGCUCAGGCACGUGAUGACUCCAAGAACACCCAGAACGACCUUCUUCACAGUGAGAAUGUUCGGGCCGGCCGCGACAAAUACAAGACCCUGCGACAGAUCAGAUCAGGCAACACCAAGCAGAGGAUCGACGAGUUCGAGGCCUUAUAAAAAAGCCUUCGGCCCCUCGGCCACUCACCCUUUCUGAAUGGUCACUACAUCUCGGCCAACACAGAUGGACACACACAAACACGCUCAAACUCAUGUAUACCCAGUUGCAUCAGUUGCAGUCUUAACUGGAGCAGUAUAAGCAGCACUUACAGAGAGACACACUUCUGUUGUGGGUGUGCAGAGCUUUGCAAUCCUUCGGAGAAAACUUAGUGCCAAAACCUUUCUCUUCUUAGUGUUUCAGAUCCUUUUCGUGUAUAUGAUUGUCUGUAGUUUGAUCGAAUUCAGACCAAAUCAUUAUUGUUUUAUCCAGCGGUGUGGUGAAGUAGUGGGACGGGCUAAAUUCUAUCAUUAUUUCAUGAUGUGCACAUAUAAUAUGUAAUCAAAGCCUCGCUUGUUUUUUAUGUCUGCCGUUUGACGUGUGGAAAGAAAAAGUACAGUUUGUCGUUAAUAGCGACCACUCAGAAAGGGGCAAAACAGUAUAAGCAGGAAAAUGUACGGUUGUUUUUGUUUUCCAUUAUAUUUGAACAUUUCCAAAUGUUUAAUAUUGAUAUACGGUAGUUUAAAAUCAUCCCUAGUUUGGUAUUUAUACUGUAUAUGGGACAUUAAAAAGGGUAUUUCAUCUUGGUUUGUAUAUUUUUGCUAUCUACUAAUGAUAAUGAAAAAAGUAAUGUUUCAAAGGUUUUAUAUAAUAUCGACCAAAAUAAUAGCAGUCUUACGUUCCAUACAUUUUCCUUUAGAUCACUAAAUUAAAGAGAUUUAACUGUAAAUUAUUAUUAUUUUAUAUUGUAGGAAACAUCCAGCUGCAUGCCAUUAAAUCAGUUAAGGAGAUUGCUAUCUAUCUAGCUACUUUUGAUUAGUUGUUUUUUUGCUGUGCAGUUCACAGCAUGCUGAGGAAGGUCUUCAAUCUCAGAGCACUGUGUUGACUGGGACACUUCGGUUUAAUAUAUUUUAUUUUAUUUCAUCUCUGUUCUGUGUCAUGCCGCUGUUGAGUGAGAGAUGAGCAUGUGUUGUGUGCUUUUACCUUCCUAAGUGGCCUUUCUCUCUGGCUGUCCCUCUGCAGGGAUCAGUGCCAGACAGUUGGUCUUUACAUCAUAGCCAAGGUGCAUAGUCACGAAAAAAUAUGGAAGCCUUUAGUUGUUUUAAUGUUACACCUAAUGAACGUUACAAAUAGUUUUUAUUUUGCAGCUUGGUCACAAUGGACUCACCCAGACAGUACAACAACACUCUCUUCUCUCUGGACAUGGACUAGAGUAGCAUCGAUACACUCAGCUCUGUUGGCCUUUGUAUAUGAACAGGAUUUUAUAAUGAGGUGUUCGACAUAUUGGCAAUAAAGAAAAAUCUAUGAUCACA